CGGAGCCUGCCGUGCUCGUCGUCACCACUUUAUCUUCGAACGUUGUCAGGUAAUUCCCUCGACCGAGUGUACAUAUCGCGUUCAACACCUGGCAGCCUGUCUGCUGCAAGUCUCCUCAGCUUUUUCGGUGUCUCUCAAAGUGGUCAAGUUCCGCGGGAGGGUCCGCCGUGUCUGUCCAGGUUUCUGGCUGUGUCGUGCUUGCUACCCGUUGAUCACACAACAAACCUUUGGCGUCGCCUCGGCGGAUCCUCCCCUUCAAGGCCUAUCGAGCGGUCCUGCACCGACGAGAACGACAUAAACACACACAAUACUCACACAUGUCACUGCUCUCGCCUCCCAGCACAAACUCGACUCCGCUUUCUCACUACCACUCACUCACCCCGUCUCCUGCUAUACCCAGGAGUUCCCUCGGGACUCCGUCGCCUGCGUCGUCAUCCUCGGUCAGCAUUUCGUUGACGGCAGAAGACGAAGAGAAUGUAACGAUAACUGCAAGUCAUUCAUUGGCACCAAAGCCAUUAAACGGAAAGCGGAAAAGCCAGGAGGACAUCCGAUUACUCGCCAUCCUAACGCACAUCACCGAACUAUCUUACAGUUUAUCGGACAUUCAAACGCGUAUCUUCGAGAUACAAGAAUUGCGACACAAGCCCCAGACCGACGGAGGCAUAGAUGCCGCUGUAACCGCUGAAAUCGACAAUGCUCUCAUGUCCAUGACUGACCGUCUGGAAGCGAUCGACCGUGGUUUGAAAUCUGUCAAUGAGUCGAUUGCACCAUUUCGGCCAACGGGAGGAGAGCGACUGGAAGAGACAACAGAGCGUGCCAUUGUGCUAAGAAAGCACGCUGCACUACUUCAAGAGUGGGAUAUGGUCCAACAGGAGACCGAUGAGCUCCAGCAAGAGCUCAAAGAGGACAAGUGGAUCACCGUAUUCCGAACCGUCACCGAACAAGCAGAUGGGAUGAUGGUUAGCCUGGAGAAAGCCGUUAAUAAAUGCCAGGAUUUCAUACGCCAAGUGUACAAACGGGGUGGGGAAAGCGCGUCUCGAGAAUCGUGUAGUUCGCUACGUUCAGAGAAAUCGCCCAUAACCCUGGAAACGUUCAACACUCUCUUGGGUUCUUUCAACGCCAAGAAGGAACAUUAUGUGCCUGCAACAACAAAGGUACUCGCAAUCAUGGACAACGGUGUACGCAAUCGGGUCACUAAGAAUGGAGAGGCACUCCGACGGCAUGCGGAAGCUGCGAAGCGAUGGCGUCUUCUCCGAGAACGCAUGGAUCGCACGGAGAAGGAAAUGGAGAUUAUCCGGAAAAUUCUCGUCAGUGCAGAUCAAGCACUCAGCGAAACAGGCUCAAGCUCGGGAAACACCACCGCCAAUGGCUACCUAGCCACUCCACCUAGUGGGUCGCUGAAGGGCAGUCGGGCGUCCAGCCGUACAAGCAGAGGGACGACAGCGACGAGUUCUCUGUCAAGGUCGAUGUCGCCCUUAAAGAAACUUGCGAAGAAGCUCACAGGGAGUGUCAGGUCCCCUGCUACUCCACCAGACUCGUUACCAGUUUCGCGAGCAUCAUCUCAGUCACUACAAUCGCAAACCCCUUCAGAGCCUCCGGCAAAAACAAUUCGGCGGCAGCGGUCAUCCCUCUUUGUAUUCGGUAGCAAAGGCACACCACUUACCCCCGAUCACAAAGGCCACAAAUACAGCCAGAGCCUCACACCUGAAUCCUCUCCUGCCUCAAAGCGUCCCGACGCACUGGAUGCCAAUGUCACCAUAAGGCAGAAAUCUACUAAACAACCCUGGAACGCGUCCACUAAAGUCGAGACAGAUGGGGUGGCGACUGUCAAGCCCGCUCCAUCCAAGCGGCCAACAGCCAAAUCCGUUAUUUCUUCCGACCGUCCCCCUUUGGUACCUUUUACACCAUCCCACAGAAGCCUAUCACGUAGCUCCAAUUCAAACGCCUCAUCGCGGCCGUGGUCACCCGUAACUUCAUCUAUAUCUACUGCUCCAUCAUCCAAUCCGUCCAUACCUCCAUUACCCAUCCUUUUCCCACCUCCUUCUCGCACACAGACUCCAGGUUUAGGGACAACCCCGCGUCCUCGACCCCGCACGCCCAGUGGAAUCCCAGUUCCUGCACUUUCUUUACACGGGCGUUCAGUAUCUGCACGGCAACACGGCGAUGACGACGACACCGACGAAGCAGAACUCACCUUAAUGCAACGCGCAUUCUCCCCCACACUUACCUUUUCCACCUCGUCGCCCGGCGCGCAUGCCACGCUGCGGUCAGGUACACCAAGCGGAUCUCGUCUGCACCCUCCACGACCGCCCAGCAGGUCCCGAAUACCACUUCCCAGUGUUCACGUCUCUUCUGAGUCCCGGCCGUCGUCGACGUUAUCAUUCUAUCGACCAGAGAGUCCCCUAGACGCAAACAGGAACGGUGGGCUAUUGUCCAGGGCACAAACACCGGAGUCCGCAUUGAAGACGAGGGUACAGCAAGUUCCGGUAUUCACAGCGGCACGACCUGCCGGACGCGCUUCCUUGCCGGGCGGGAAGGUCCCCCCGUCGAGCUAUCGCGAUUCAUCUACGGCACGCACGCCAUCUCGACCCGGCUCGCGUGCAGGCGCGCACACUCCAAGUCUCGACUCCCAUCAGCCCAUGAAUAUAUAUGUUCCAUCGAACCCGAAGGACCCGCUCGAUGCUGAGGUGGCAGCGAUCGUGAACUCUAUCCCUCACGGGCUCCUUAUUGAGCGAGUUGACCCGCCUCUGAAGAAAAUCCCCAAGGAAGGGGAAGAAAUCAGAGCAUCGUACGCGUUCUCGAAUUCGUUAGCAAGGAAAGUUGUUACGUGCCGCCUUACGACUCUGACGCGUUCCGGUAGUAGAACGAGUGGAGAGACGACCACGAAGAAGGUCAUGUGUCGGGUUGGCGGUGGUUGGCAAGACCUGCAGCUCUACAUGCUUAACCGGCAAGCUGGCUUGUAGAGCGCCGUAUCCAAACGUUAGCACCCUACUCUGGCUCAAGCGGAAACCUCACGAUCCAUGCACGCACUAGAAAUUUUUGUUAUCUGAAAAUGUAUCACGAAGCUAUCCAUGACCAUUUUAAAUGUUUAUUUUCCAACAGUCUUAAUGUUUUCUUUUUUCUUUUUUUCCUUUUCGGAGUUUACAAGAACCAUUUUACCCGUUCACAUACCAUCUUAACUACCCAUGUGUCUAGUGUCUAUGUCUGCGCUGCCAGUCAUCAUUUUUGCCUUGCCCUCAAUUUGUAAUGCAUAUAUACCACAACCACAAUGUGCCGCACAGUUUGUUCCGUUGUUCAUCGGUUUUCUUGCUCUUCUCUUCUCUUUUUGUGCUUCUCCAUCAUAGCUAUGAGAAUCUACCUUAUAUGUUAGUAAAUGCAGAUCUACUAUAAAUCUUACA